CGAACCGCUAACAAAGAAGUUUUAAAAAAGACAUAAUUUUCUAGUGGUCCUAAAACAAUGGAAUCGGUAUUAAGUUUUGUUAAAAGUUUUGUUAAAGCGAAAAAGAUAGUGAUCGACUCUUUUGUUUGUCGUAUUCACCAUAAAGCAAGUGUAAUUUUGUUACUUGCGUGUAGUAUAUUAGUUACUGCUAAACAGUACGUGGGGGACCCAAUAGAUUGUAUAGGAAUAUCUAAAAAUGACAUUCCCACAGAGUUGCUUGACACCUACUGCUGGAUACAUUCAACGUUCAGCGUUCAGAAAGGAUGGAACAAAAAAGUGGGAGUUGAGGUACCUUACCCUGGUGUGGAUAAGUACACCGAAGGAGACAAACGUAUUCACCAUACAUACUAUCAAUGGGUAUGUUUUAUGUUGAUGAUCCAGGCAGGUUUCUUUUACAUUCCUCACUGGUUCUGGAAGUGCAUGGAAGGUUCUCGCGUGAAGAACUUGAUGUUAGGGUUAGACAACCCAAUAUUAUCGGAAGACGCGAAGAAUGAGAAUAAAAAAUUAUUGGUAAAAUAUUUCCAAGACAACAGGAAAAACCACGUCUUAUAUUUCACUGCAUUUAUUGUGUCGGAAAUAUCGAAUUUCGUGAACGUGAUUGUCCAGAUAUUCUUGGUGGAUAAGUUUCUACAGGGCGAGUUUUCAAACUAUGGUCAUAAGGUGCUCCAAUUCCGGGACUGGGAUUGGACAGCGAACUAUAACCCCAUGCUCAAGGUGUUCCCGAGAAUGACCAAGUGCACGUUCAACACCUACGGUUCCUCGGGGGACAUCCAGCGUUAUGAUACGUUGUGUGUCUUACCAAUUAACAUAAUCAACGAAAAGAUAUACGUUAUAUUGUGGUUUUGGUUUUUAACUGUGGCGGUUUUGACAGGACUAAGCCUCGUGUAUCGGUUCUGCACAUUUUUCAUCGCCAGGUUGCGUUAUAAAAGCAUAAUUCUGUUGAAUCGACUCGUUGAUCCUGAUGACUUAGGUUUGGUGAUCGAAAACUAUGGGAUAGGAGAUUUAUUUCUGUUACAUUUGUUAAGUAAGAACAUCGAUGAAGUGAACUUUAGUGAAUUAAUUAAAGAUUUAUCCACGGAAUUCACGGAAAACGAAGGUCGUAAAUUUCUUUAAGGGGUUCAUUUAUAAAUGACACGUUAAAUAGUUUGCAUUAUAUGCACUAAGUAUGUCGAGAAAGUUUCAAAUAUGUUUCUUUUUAAUUUUAUAGAAAAGAGUUAUUGUAAAUUUCAACACGACUAAUGAAAUUGUGGUUUAAAAUUGUAUUCUUCCAUCUGUGUCUAUGUUGAAUGCGUUAUCAGUGGUUCUUGAAGCUAAGUAUAUAAAUAUAUUACAUCUGCCAUUCUGCACUUCGUGACUGCCAUAAGUUUAACCUUAAGAGACAUAUAUAUUUUACACUCCACAUUCAAAUAAUAUUUUUUUGGGUUUUAUUAGGUUGACUUUAUUCUAGAGCAAAGCCACAU